CUUGAAUUGUGGAAGCAAGCUACUGUUCUCAAGUAAUCGGAAUUCACAGCAAAGAUUAGUUGAAGAAGAAACGGAAAACGAUAAUGAAAGGUUAGAGUUAGAUUUGAUGAUGGAAGAAGGAAAGGAAAUGUGCUUCGAGUGCCUCGAACGCCGAAUCAAGUUGGAUUGGUCGGAUCAGCUGCAGUUUUGCUAUGGCAUCUCCGAUUCUCCUCUCCCCUUUGGCUCCUCCGCCGUGGUUCAAUUCUCCCCUACCAAUCCUUCAGCUCCACCCUCGCAAUUCAUUUUAUCGUACCUUCCCACUCACACACACCAUUGCUUCUCCAAAUACAUCAGUAAUCAAUGUACUUUGCCGAAUGGAGAAGAAACGGAGAUGGGUUCUGAAUCUGGCACUGGCAGCACUUGUCUAUCGGAUUCUUUAAUGGGAUAUGAAUGUUGUGCUUGUAACCAUUGUGGUAAAUUCUCUAGCUUGAGAACAAUUACUGCUCUGGCCCCUCUUGCUCAUGUUGGCAUUUCUUAUUGUUCUACUUUUCAAGAGCUUGCUUCUAGUUUCCUGUCUGGGACUUUGGAAGAUCAUAUAGUGUCCUCGCUUAAUCUUCUUGUUCAAGGAAAAGCUGCUGGGAGAGACGGUGUUAAUUAUUUGCAUCUCCUUGGGGUUCCUUCAUUUGAUGAGAACAGCAUCCCAGGCUGCCUCAGGCAUCCCAACAUAGCUCCCGUUCUUGGGUUAUUGAAAACACAUGACUAUAUAAAUUUAUUGCUCCCAAAAACUCCAUAUAAUUUGGAGAAUAUUCUUCAUUACAGCUCAACUGCCUUGAAGUCCGACUGGCAUAUGAGGUUUUUGAUGUACCAGCUGCUGUCUGCCCUUACUUAUUUGCAUGGAUUAGGAGUUUUCCAUGGUAAUCUAUGCCCAUCCAAUGUGAUGCUCACUGAUUCAGGCUGGGCUUGGCUGCGCAUUUGGGAUAGCACUAUGUUAGGAUUCAAUUUAUGUUUCAAACAUGGGAAAUCCAACAAUAGCUGUAUCCCUUCUAAGGUAGGUUGUUGCAUAGAAGAUUGUUUGUCUCAAGGAUUAUAUGCUGAUUUGAAGCUCUCCCCACCUUUAGAUUGGAAUUCUCAAUUCAAUAGAUGGUGGAGGGGAGAGCUGAGUAAUUUUGAGUAUUUGCUUUUCUUAAACAAACUAGUUGGGAGAAGGUGGGGGGAUCACACCUUUCAUCCAGUAAUGCCAUGGGUAAUAGAUUUUAGCACAAAACCAAGUGAGAACUCUGAUUCCGGGUGGCGGGAUUUAAGUAAGAGUAAAUGGAGGUUGGCAAAAGGUGAUGAGCAGUUGGAUUUCACCUAUUCAACAUCUGAAGUUCCUCAUCAUGUCUCAGAUGAGUGUCUAUCAGAAUUAGCUGUUUGCAGCUAUAAAGCGAGAAGGUUGCCUUUAAGUGUCCUGCGGAUGGCUGUUCGCUCUGUCUAUGAACCUAAUGAAUACCCUUCAACUAUGCAAAGACUUUAUCAAUGGACACCCGAUGAGUGCAUCCCUGAAUUUUACUGUGAUCCGCGAAUAUUUUACUCUCAACAUUCUGGUAUGACUGAUCUGGCUGUUCCAUCAUGGGCUGGUACACCUGAAGAGUUCAUUAAAUUGCACCGAAAGGCUUUAGAGAGCAACCGAGUCUCACGUCAAAUCCAUCAUUGGAUUGAUAUAAACUUUGGAUUUAAAAUGUCUGGGCCAGCAGCUGUUGCCGCAAAGAAUGUUAUGCUGUCUUCAUCAGAGCCCACAAAGCCAAGGUCAAUUGGACGUCGCCAACUCUUUACUAAACCACACCCUACACGUCAAGUUGUCAUACAAGAAGCACGUGAUAGCACAAAAGAGUCAGUUGUUGGUCGGGACCAAGCACAUAAAAUAGACAAUGAGAAAUCAUUUGUCUAUAAAACCUCCUGUUUACAAGAAUUGGAAGAAGCAUCUAUAUUUUCUGAACAUGCCCGGCAUUUGAGUCCGCUCUAUUUCCAUGAUCAGGAAAACCUUAUGAAGCAAAGCUCUUAUUUCAAAGAGACUCAAAGCAAGAAUUUGGAGAAAAGUGCACCAAAUCCACAUGAUAUUAGCAAUUACUUUGGUUUUCUAUCUGAUGUUGAUUUAAAUUAUCUCCUUGAGCAUAUUGAUAUACAGGAUGAAGAUUCCACAGGAUAUCAAGAGCUAUUGCUUUGGAGGCAGAAAUCAUGUCUAUCAAAGACUUCCUCCAAAGAGGUCGGAGAGGACAUAUUUUCUGUAGGUUGUCUGUUAGCUGAACUUUACUUGAGGAAGCCACUUUUUUGUUCAAGUUCAUUAGCCACAUACUUGGAAGGUGGUGUUUUUCCUGCAUUGAUGCAGGAGCUUCCUUCUCAUGUUAAAGUACUAGUUGAAGCUUGCAUUGAGAAGGACUGGACAAGGCGGCCAUCUGCCAAAAGCCUAUUGGAAUCUCCAUUUUUUCCUUCGACUGUGAAGUCGGUCUACUUGUUUACUGCCCCACUUCAAAUUCUGGCAACAGAUGGAUCCCGACUUCAAUAUGCGGCAAAUUUUGCAAAGCAAGGGGCACUAAAAACAAUGGGAACUCUCGCAGCUGAAAUGUGUGCGCCAUACUGUUUACCACUUGCUUCAACUCCUCUAUCUGAUGCUGAAGCUGAAAGCGCUUACAUACUGUUGAAAGAAUUCAUAAAAUGUUUGACCCCAAAAUCUGUGAAGGCAUUAGUUUUGCCUGUUAUCCAGAAGAUUCUGCAGACCACAGGUUAUUCUCAUUUGAAGGUUUCUCUUCUUCAAGACUCAUUUGUUCGAGAGAUAUGGAACCAAAUUGGUAAACAAACAUAUUUGGAAACAAUACAUCCUUCGGUCAUAUCAAAUCUAUAUAUUUCUCCUCACAAGAGUUCAGCAGCUGCUGCUUCUGUUCUGCUUAUUUGCUCGAGUGAAGAGCUUGGUGUGCCUAUUACUGUUCAUCAGACGAUCCUGCCUCUGAUUCACUGCUUUGGGAAGGGACUAUGCCCUGAUGGAAUUGAUGUGCUGGUCAGGAUUGGUGGUCUUUUGGGAGAGACCUUUAUUCUCAAACAGAUGCUACCACUGCUUAAACACGUUGCUCAUUCUUGUAUUGACGUUUCUUCUAUGAAUAAGCCUGAGCCUAUGCAUAGUUGGAGUAGUUCAGCACUUGUUGAUUGUCUAAUGACAUUGGAUGGUCUUGUAGCUUUCUUACCAAGGGAAGCGAUUGUAAAAGACCUGAUUGAGGAUAAGAGGUGUGUACAUGCUCUGGUUCUUAUGCAAACAAAUUUAGAGAUCACAGUGCUUCAGGUUGCAGCUACAACCUUAAUGGCAAUUUGUCAGCGAAUUGGACCAGAGUUUACAGCAUUGCAUGUCUUGCCACAACUUAAGGUGCUUUUUGACGAGCUGGCCUUCUCACAAGAAGGUUUCAAUGGAUCUAAAUCUCUCGGUAAAAGCUUGAAGGCUUCAAAAUCAAAAGUUGAUGGAGAGUUUCAAAUAGAGAGCCGCAUGGAUCUUGUAUUGCUUCUAUAUCCUUCUUUUUGUUCUCUGCUUGGCAUAGAGAAACUUCGUCAGUGUUGUACUACAUGGUUGCUUCUUGAGCAAUUUCUUCUACGGUUUCACAAUUGGAAGUCAGAGUAUACAGGGGAAACAUCCCGAAGUGGUCUUGAGAAUGUAGUUGCUAAAGUGCCUUUAUUGAGCAAGGGGCCAACAUCUGAUUACAGUCCUGCUAAACUGUUACUUAAUGGGGUUGGCUGGUCAAUUCCGCAAUCACAGGGAAUUAGAAGCUCUAAAAACUUGAUGCCUCAGAGACGUUUGGCCAAUGCUCAUCAGAGUUCUGUUCAAACACAUGAAUCAGCUUCAAACCAUAUCAAGAGUGAACCCUGGUUUUGGUUCCCUGUUCCAGCUGCUAGCUGGGAUGGUUCUGACCUCCUUGGACGCUUUGGGGGUCCUAAAGAUGAAUUUCCAUGGAAGAUAAGAGCAUCUGUUUUAUCCUCGGUUCAUGCACAUCAAGGGGCCUUGAGAUCUUUAGCAGUUUGCCAAGAUGAGAAUACAGUUUUCACUGCAGGCAUUGGUCCCGGGUUCAAAGGAACUGUUCAGAAAUGGGAUUUGGCAAGAAUAAACUGUGUAUCUGGAUAUUACGGACAUGAGGAGGUUGUAAAUGACAUAUGCAUCUUGUCAAUGAGCGGAAGAAUAGCAUCUUGUGAUGGAACAGUGCAUGUUUGGGAUAGCCAAUCAGGGAAGCUAAUAACAGUAUUCUCAGAACCAUCCAUGGAUUCCCUGCAUCUUGUGAGCCCUUCAGCUUAUUCAACAAAGAUCAGUGCUGAUCAUGUUGAUAUGUCGAAUUCAAACAAAUCUUCAAGUGGGGUACUUGGUAGUCCGUUUGAUGAAAGCUUGUACACGUGUAUGCAUUAUCUAGAGCUUGUUGAAAAGCUCAUGGUCGGUACGGGAAAUGGUUCUCUCAGAUUUAUUGAUGUUUCUCAAGGUCGAAAGCUUCAUUUAUGGAAGGGUGAAUUCAGUGAAUCUGCUUUUCCUUCUCUUGUCUCUGCCAUAUGCUCAUGUGGGUCUGACAAAGAGAGAGGGAAUGGAGCUUCCGCUUCACCAAGUUGGAUUGCAGCCGGAUUAAGUUCAGGUCACUGUCGACUAUUUGAUGUGAGGAGUGGAUGCGUUAUUGCUUGUUGGAGGGCUCAUGAUGGAUAUGUCACUAAGCUGGCUGCCCCAGAAGAUCAUCUACUAGUUUCUAGCUCUCUUGACCGGACUUUGAAGAUUUGGGACUUAAGAAGAAACUUGCCGACGCCCGUCACUUUCAAGGGACAUACUGAUGGAGUAUCCAGUUUCUCGGUGUGGAGGCAGGAUGUUAUUUCAAUAUCCAAAAAUAAGAUUGGACUUUCCUCGUUAGCUAGAUCUGCUGAUGAAGACGAGCAACAUCGAAUUAUACCUCAGAAACUGUAUACAUCAGAUCAUGGAGGUCGGAAUAUGUCGGUGCUGUCAAGUAUAAGUAUAAUACCCUUCUCGAGACUGUUUCUAGUCGGGACUGAAGAUGGUUAUCUCAGAAUCUGUUGUUAGAUGGGAGAUGAGAUGAAUCAUCAUUGAUUGUAGUUUUGUGCAAUGCAACGAGGAAAGUUCAUUCAAAAUGAUUCUCUUCCCCCCCCCCCCCCCGGAAAUAUACGGUCUCAGCUCUGAAUAGAAGUCCAAAUUGUUCCAUGUUAGGAAUAGGAGCACAUGUGUAGUACCCAUCUUUGCUGUCUUUAUCUGAAUGAUAUGCAAUAUUUAUAAUACCAAGGGACGGACAAGCAUUAUCUUAUUUUAAAGGGUCGAAUUUUAGAAUGGAAGAACUUUUAAAAUUUUAAG